AUGGGAAAGACAAAGGUCGCCGACAAGUCGUCCAAGAAGGAGAAGAAGUCUGAGCUUUCGAGCGUCAAGGCUGGCCGUGUCACAAAGGCCGCUGAGACACCCAAGGCAAAGAGCAAGGCCACCGGCAAGGCUGCUGGCGCCGCCGUCGAGAAGAAGUCCUCCAAGAAGGCCAAGAAGGAGCCCACUCCCGAGCCAUCCAGCAGCGAGUCCGACUCUGAGGACUCCGACUCUGACUCUGAGAUCCCUGACGCGCCCGCCGCCAAGGCUGAGUCUUCCGACUCUGACAGCAGCGACAGCGAGAGCGAGGAGGAGAAGAAGCCCGCUGCCAAGGCUGACAGCUCCGACUCCGACUCCGACUCUGAGAGCGACUCUGACAGCAGCGAGGCUGAGAAGCCUGCUGCCAAGGCUGAGGCCACUUCCGACUCCGACUCCGACUCCGACGCCGACUCGUCCGACUCCUCUGACAGCGACGAGGAGGAGGCCCCUUCGAAGAAGCGCAAGGCCGAGGAGGCUGCUGAGCCUGUUGUCAAGAAGUCCAAGACUGAGGAUGCCCCCGCCGCCGCCCAGGGUAUUGCCAACCUUUUCGUUGGCAGCCUCAGCUGGAACAUUGACGAGGACUGGCUCCGCCGCGAGUUCGAGCACUUCGGUACCAUCACCGGCUGCCGUGUCAUCACCGACCGUGAGACGGGCCGCUCCAAGGGUUUCGGAUACGUCGAGUUCGAGUCUGCCGCCGAUGCUGCCAAGGCUCAGAAGGAGAUGAUGGGAUACGAGCUUGAUGGCCGUGCCCUCAACGUCGACUUCUCUACUCCCCGUGAGAAGCCCGCCAACAAGACCUUCGACCGCGCCAACAAGUACGGCGACAAGCGUUCCGCUCCCAGCAACACUCUCUUCCUCGGCAACCUCUCCUUCGACUGCAACAACGACCUUGUCCAGGAGGCUUUCCAGGAGUACGGCAGCGUCUCUCGUGUCUCUCUCCCCACCGACCGUGAGACUGGUGCGCUCAAGGGCUUCGGGUACGUCGACUUCUCUUCCACUGAGGAGGCUACUGCUGCUCUCGAGGCUCUGAACGGUGCCGAGAUUGCCGGCCGUGCGAUCCGUCUCGACUACGCUGCUGCUCGUGAUGACAGCAACGGUGGAGGCCGUGGCGGAUUCGGUGGCGGUCGCGGUGGUGGCCGUGGUGGCCGCGGUGGCUUCGGCGACCGUGGUGGUCGUGGCGGCCGUGGAGGCGGUCGUGGUGGCUUCGGCGACCGUGGCGGCCGUGGUGGUCGCGGUGGCCGUGGUGGUGGUUCGUUCAACCGUGGUGGCUUUGGUGACUUCAAGGGCUCCAAGGUCAGCUUCGACUAA